UUCUUGACUAGGCCAAACUCCCGGGAAGAAAAGUGUUUCAGCAAACCCAAAACCUAAAUGCUCUGCCCUCCAACCAUGCGUCCGGCCAGUCCCGCCGAAUCCGAAAUCUCUGUGGGCGGAGCCCCCAGCCCGCUGCCCACCCAGCAACAUACGCACCAGCUGCAGCAUCCGCGGGCCAGCACCAUCGAUCUGCUGCAACAGCAGCAACUGCUGAUGCAGCACCACGCUGCGGCCGCCGCAGCAGCUGCUGCAGCAGCCUCUGGACUCGGCCGAAGUGCCGUCGGCAAUCUGCCGGAGGACUACUUCCAGCCGCUGAAGCGUUUGCGCAUGUCCUCGUCCUCCUCAGAGCCACGUGAGCACACGCCCAGUCCGCCGGCAACAGUUUCAGAGCCGCAAACCAACACCACCAAGUCGGCCAUCGAAGGGGUCAAGAGUUUCUCCAUUGCGGAUAUCCUGGGUCACUCGGAGAAGCAGCGCGAGGAGUCCGUUUCGCCACCUCCCAAUACGAAUCUUCUGGCUCCACCCGCCUCCCGGCCCGUGGCCUCAUCCGGAUUGCUUCAGCCUCGUACGGAACCCCUAGAUGUCCAUCCGGCUGCUGCUGCUGCGAUGCUGCUGCCCGGCGGACAGAUUGUCCGGCCGUGGGAUCACCUCCUGGGUCCGGCCAUGCCCGUCCGCCCCUUCAUCCCCACCGCCCUGCUGCACUACGAGCAGCGCCUGGCCCUAGAUUACCAUCGCCAGUUGCAGGAGCACUUUAACGCCCAGGCCCAGCUGCUGCGGCACAUGGGCAUGGAUAUCAUUCCGUCGGAGAGUGGCUCCGACCGCUCUAGUUCGGCGGCCAGCGACUGCUGUUCGCCGGAGAUUGCCAGGGACUCGGUAGCCGCUGCUGCCGCAUCCGCUGCCAGUGUCCGCCGGAGCCACAGCCCGCAGUCGUCGGCUCAGGCCGGAACCAGCGGAGCCACCACUGCAUCCAGUCCGUCGCAAGGAGCGGCCGGAUCUGGAGGAGGGUCUAGUGGGGCCAGCAAUGCGGCCGCCGUUGCCAAGGCCAAGGCCAACGGGACUCCACUGGAUGCACUUUUCCAGAUGACUACCAAGGACUUUGACGAGUCGCAAGACAAAUCUCAUUUGGACAUCUUCUCGAAUCGGCCGCAGCCAAAGAAGAAGCGCAAGUCCCGCACCGCCUUUACCAAUCACCAGAUCUUUGAGCUGGAAAAGCGAUUUCUCUACCAGAAGUACCUCUCGCCAGCUGAUCGCGACGAGAUCGCUGCCUCCUUGGGAUUGUCAAAUGCCCAGGUUAUUACCUGGUUCCAAAACCGCAGGGCCAAGCAGAAGCGUGAUAUCGAGGAGCUAAAGAAGGACUUUGAUAGCGUCAAGGUCUUCUCCGCCCACAAAUCAUUUUUGGAAAAUGUAAACGAUCUGAGCAUCCUGAAGAAGAAACCCAUGCACGAAGCGGAUAUGGUGGGACUGGCCGCCGCAGCAGCUGCUGCAGGAAUGGUGGUUCCGGUGCCAGGAUCCGUUCCAAUGGGAGGGGCACCACCCAAAUGAGAGCGUAUACAGGUGCGCACGGAACCGCCAAGGCAACCUAAUAAUUGGUACAGAAAGUAAGCAAGGAGAAGUCUAGUAUUUUGUUUAAUUUUGAGCUGAGUGCCGGGGAAGUUGGAAAGUUGGAAAGUUGGUUUUCAACCAACACAGUUUCCCAGAGCAUUACACGGCCAAAGGAAGUUUAAGGACAUCCUUCAUAGAUUCUAACGCCAAAUUGAAGUGGGCAAAGGCAAUAUUCACUGCCAACCCCAAAUGGAGAUAAACUAGCCAGGACAAAGGCCUUUACUACGGCCCAUAAGCAAGCCAUAACA